GAGGUACGAUGACAGCUGGACACUCCGCUUCACCGCUGGGGCUGAGUCCCUCUGCUCGGGCCCUUUCCCUCAGUUGUAGCUUGGGACCUGGCCUCUGUGGUGGCCUCUUCCCCAUUAGGGGAGGAUGUUUUCAGAGGCCUUUAACAGCUGCCUUUUUUCUUGAUGAGGUUUUGGGGUGUUUCCAGGGCCCCGGUGCCGUGCUGCUUUUCCCACACACCCCAGCCCCGAGGUCUGUCUUCAGCUCGCCCUGUGCCAGGCACUGGGGUCCAGCAGCGAGCAGGACAGACCUAGCCUCUCCCUCAGGCGGCCCCCUCCUGGUGGCUUGGCACAGUGGAUCUGGUGCAGCCGAUGCGAGGGGCACAGAUGUGCCUGCCCCAGUGCCAGGGGCACGGACGCGCUCAUCUGCACUCUCGUUAGUCAUCCGUGUCUUUAGAACUAGCGUCUAGAUCCUGGUACCCGGUCACCUUUUCCUGGCUUUCCUCUAAAGUGUCUCCUCUGUUCCGACUUCCCUCCAGAAGGCCGGCUUCCGUCCCGUGGCCGGAAGGUCACCAACAGGUUCUCUGGCUGUUUAAGGUCACUGAAGCAGAGUGAAGCCGGGGCCUGCUCUUCUGAACCAAGGCCCCUAUUCCUGACACUGUGUCGCAGGCCAGGGUCUCAGGAGCAGACGCUGAGACAGAUGUUGGGGCAUAGGAUGUGUGUUGAGGGCCAGCACCUGAGAUGGGAGCUGGGCUAAUGCGGGUCUGGGGAGGAGAAGGGCCAGCUCAGGUGGCCGGGCCAGCAGGGAGCCCGGCAGGAGAAUUCCUUCCUCACAGCCCUCCCACAUCAGGCCAAGCCGACUGGGACUCAUACGGCCUCGUGGGUCACCACAUGGGCUGCCUUGGGCAGCUAUGACUUGGUAAGGUGGCUCUUGGUGGGUUAAAGUAGGUGCCGCAGGAACCCGCGGGCUCAUCCGCUGGGUGCGCUGCCUGCCCCUGGGCUCCUGGACCACAGCCCACCGUGCACCGCUUAGCACUCAUGCCCUGAGGUGGGCGUGGCUCUGCCAGGCACGAAGAGAGAGAGAGAGGAGGCUCUGCGGCUGGCAGCGUCCCCCGCUCCAGCUACUGCUCCUGCUGAUGGUGUGGCUCGUCACAAGAGUCUGCGCCCCUGGUCGCUGACCCUACUAGGUUCUUCAUGAGCUUUCCGGCCUCCCUGUGGAGCGGGUGCCCUGCCUCCCGCUGAUAGUGUCCACUAUCCCCGCCAGCGUGGGGCCUCUGCUGGCUCCUGAAUGCGAGUUGUCCAACAUGCCCAGGAGACAACCGGGGUUUGUGACUUAGCAGGUCUCUGGCUGGGGCCUAGGGAACGGGGAGCCUUGGUGGUGACCACAUCCCCAACCCUGUAGGGCCCAGAGCUGUGAGGAUGGGCAGCAGGGUCCCCUGUGGGUCACCAGGAUGGAUGGGAAGUAGAGCUCCUGCCACCCCCGCCCCUUCCUAGACACUUGUCCCGGGGCCUGGUCCCCUGCACAGUCUGACACUUUGGCACUGUAUCGGGGUGGCCAUCGUUUCGUCCCUGGGUCUGUCCACGUACCAGCCUCGGGCUGCACGCAAACAAGACUGGCGGACUACCCGUGCCUGCCACAGGGGCCCUUCUAGCUUCCCUCCCUCCAGGCCACACCCGAAAGCUCUCCGUCGUGCGGUCAUGGGUGACGCUGCCAUCGGGGUGCCGUGGGGCGGAGGCAACCCACUGUGCCCCCAGUCCUACCCCUGCUCAGCCCCCAGUGCCCAGCUCCAUUGCUCCCGGUGCCGCCGGCCAUCACCUUACACCCGUCUGCCAGGCCAGGUCGUACACCCCGAGGGCUGUGAGGGGAUUCCCCGGGCUUGCCGUGAACCCCGUGCGGUACCCCUUCCUGCUACGGAGACCUCUGUCGCAGGGCCCGCCAACUCCCAGCUCUCAGCAGCAAGAUAGGGCCUGCAGCCCUCUUACCACCUAGCACGUAUGCUACAGAGGUCCCUGCUUCUGUGUGAUUUGCGGGCUGCGGGAUCCAGACGGCCACGCGUGUCGGGCUUCCUGUAGCGAGUGUGGAUGCUGAAGCCUGUCUCGUGCUGGGGCGGUCGCUUUCAGUUUGCCCACGUUACACCCCGAGAAUUCUCCGGAGCUGUCAGGCCUGCGCAUCUGUGGGGUCGUCAGCUCGCGGACUGCGAACUGGCACCUGGCGUCCUGUUGCGUGUAACGUGCGGGUGUCCCCAGCCUCCGGGCUCUAGUGACAGCUGGGGGCAAAGUGGCAGAGAUGCUGCUGUCUGCUUGCCAGACGGGGAUGCUUCCGGGUUGUAUUUUUCGAUUAGGUAGAAUGUGGGCUUACCAAACGUGUGGCUGCGUCACCCAUGCCCCGCACUCCAAGGGCCCGCCCCCACGCGCCCCGUUUUGUCCAUCUGUCGAGAUUCCCUUUGCCGCGUGACACUUCCCCAGGCCUGGGCUCUGAUGCCGCUGCUGUGUGCGUGCCUGGGCUAACCGCCUCCUGCCCCAGUCCGGCCCGCAGAGCUCAGUGCUGCUGGUCUGGUCCUCGGCGCCGCCCCUCCCUCCCUUCGGUGGCUGUUGCGUGGCUCCCGAGCAGUAUGGCCAUCGGCUUGCUGUCCAUACUGGCAUGUGAUCUGGCUAGCAUCCUUCCUCCACUUCCAGGGCUGUGUGGGGACACCCUAUCCUUCCCCUGCCCCCUCUCCACCAGCCACCAUCAGACCGACGAUCGUGGGCGGCUUUCAGGAGCAGAUGCUGAAGUGGGGUUUGGGGGCACGGUACCUGGGAAAUGACAGUGUUGCCCGAGGUCAGCAAGCUGUUCCCAAAGGCCUCCAGGGCCGCCUCACUCUGCCCUACCUUCUGCCCCCCAAAGGCGCCUCGGAAGGGCCUUCCAGUUGGCGGCUGGCCCUGGGGUGGCCAAGUGCCUGUGGCCCAGCACCCCCUUUCUGCCCCUCCCCAGUACUACGCGGAGUGCCACGGUGUCAUCUAUGUCAUCGACUCCACAGACGAGGAGAGGCUGUCCGAGUCCAAGCGAGCGUUCGAGAAGAUGGUCACGAGUGAGGCACUGGACGGUGUCCCCAUCCUGGUGCUGGCCAACAAGCAGGACGUUGAGACUUGCCUCUCGAUCCCCGACAUCAAGACUGCGUUCAGUGAUUGCACCUCCAAGAUUGGCAGGCGCGACUGCCUGACCCAGGCCUGCUCGGCCCUCACUGGCAAAGGGGUGCGCGAGGGCAUCGAGUGGAUGGUGAAGUGCGUCGUGCGGAACGUGCACCGGCCGCCGCGGCAGAGGGACAUCACGUAGGCAUGGCUGGUGCCUGCUGGUGCCCACAGCUCACCCCUGAGUGCCCGAGGAGCGCUCCUGCCAGCUCUGAGCCGCCAGGCCUGGGGGUCGGGUUUGCUUUGCUCUUGGUUUUUUCAGUUGCUUUGUUUUUUCUUUAAGACAAACGUUUCCCUGUGUCCGUAAAAGUGUGGGCAUGCAGAAGCCUCUGCUGAGGGGGAAUCGGGGCAGCAGGGCCAGGCUGGGUGCCACCAGGGGACCCCCACAAGACCCCUGCCAAGCCUGCUGGUGUUGGCGGGCCACCUGGCCCUUUGGAGCCGCCACCCCAGCAGUGUGGCCUGCCUGGCCCAGGGGGCGGAGGGGCACCUGUCUGGAAACGAGAUGCUCCAGAGCUGCUCUGUGCCGUUCACCCAUGGAGGAAGCUGGUGGGGCAAGUGUGUCUGUCCUCAGUCUCCGUCCCCUCUGGGCCUGGAGAUGGGUUGGGGGCUGGUGUCAUCUUGAGGGAGGAGGGAGACCUGGUCCACUUUGCUGGAGGCCAGCGGGGCCCUGGGUUCUGAUGCCUCAGAACAGGGUGGGGGAGAUCUGCCUGGGAGGCCCCGUGUCCUCUUCCGCUGGCCUCCCGUCCGGUCAGGGAGGGAGUGGCUGUUCCCUCUGAGCGUGUCUGCCACUGGUGCAGGACAGCCAGUCGCCAUUGUGGGGGGCACACCAGCAUGGGUGUUCCAAAGGCCAGCUAGGUUCCUGUGGAGCCCAGGCCAGUUGUGGGAUGGGCCUUGAUUUGAUUCCCAGUUGGAGGUGAGGGGUGGGGUCCCCAUCAGGUCUGGGGACGGGCUAAAAACCCAUUUCUGGGUCUGUGCCUGGAAACCGUCCCUCCGGGUGAGGCUGGUCCUUGGGACCCUCACCACAUGCCCCCUGUGGGAGCUGGCAAGACCCAGUGGGCCUAGCCCUGGGCAGGAGGCUGACUGGCCAGCACUGGGUGGAGUAUGCCAGAAAAUGGCAGUCUGAGUCGCUGCUGUCUGUUGUCCCUCCAGAACCCCAGGACUGGGUGGUGGGCUCCCAACUGUCUGGGCACAGUGACCACAGCACGAAGGGCUCCCAGGCUAGACCCAGGGCCUGUCUGGGCACCACCUUCCUGCUUCCGUGGGAGUGCCAGAGCCAGAACCCUGACCCUGCUAGACUACCCUCCCUCCCUCCCUCUGAGGUGGCAGCCUUGGAGGGCCUACUGAGAAAGGCUGAGUCAGGGCUGGGGGUGGGAAUGCAGGUGAGGUGACUCAUGGGGAGUCAUAGGCUGUGGGGUCCCCCCCCCCCUUUGGGACCUAUCAUGGGGAUCAGGCGCCAGGCUCCGGGGCUCACGGGAAGGGCUGGGAGUCGGCCAGGUUGUUCUGGAGCGCUCCAGCCCUCAUCUGAGCCUUCCUGUGGGGAAAAGCCGUGUUUCCCAGAAAGCACAUGGGAUUCACCCGGCCUAGGGGAGGUCCUUGGCUGGUCCCCUCCGGGGAAAUUCCCUGCCUGCAGGGACUGGGUGGAGCUCAAGUGGAGGGGCAGGGUGAGGGGGAAGGGUCUCUUGGCAGCCCAGGUUAGUGUUGGCCGGUCCAAGCUGGGUCCUAUUCCACGGCAAGAGCCCCUAGACUGGGUAGGACCCUCACGACACUCCCCCCCCCCCCCCAGCUGUCCUACGCACAAAGCAUGACUCGGGGUCAUGGGACGAGCCUCAGGGAUCUCCACUGUGCCCACAGCCAGAAGGGAUGCACCUGCCACCCGCUGGCCCUCUCUGACAGUCCUUCCCACCGAGGGUCUAUCCCACUUGGGGUGACCAGCAGCCAGAGGAAGCAUGGGACGCUACAAAGCCCGUGCAGGUGUUUGUUUCCCCACCAGGUGUGCCCGCCAGCACCCGGUAGACAUGGCACAAAGUUUCAUACGAUCCGUUUUAUAACGGCUUUAUAAAAAAUAAACUUUGUUACUGUAA